AUGCAAAAACCCAUUUUUAGUAAGAUUGUCACUUUAGGUGACUAUGCAGUGGGCAAAAGUAGUUUGAUACAAAGAUUCACCAAAAAUGAUUUUACUGAUACUAGAACAUAAACUGUGGGUGCUGAAUUUUCUCCUAAAUAAAUAUUAAGAGAUGGAAGAUUAAUAGAAUUAUAGAUUUGGGAUACUGCAGGUCAAGAAGUUUACAGAAGCAUUGCUAAACUCUAUUACAAGGAUGCUAAUUUUGCAAUUAUUGUUUAUGAUGUAACAAAACCUAAAUCUUUUGAAGUACUUAAAUUUUGGUUGGAUAAAUUAUUUGAAGAAGGAUUGAGUGAUAUUACCAAGUUCAUUAUAGCGAAUAAAAUUGAUUUAGAAUCACAGGUCCCUUUAGAGGAGGUUAAACAAUAUGCUAAUUCAUUUGAUCCAAAAAUAACAGUUUUUGAAACUAGUUGUAAACAAAAUAUUGGUGUUUUUGAACUAUUCAAUCAUAUUGCUGAUUUAGUGAAUGAGAAAGAAAAGUAAUAAUAACUAUAGAAAAGAGAAGAGAAACCAGCAAUUAAAAUAGGAAGUUCUGAGAAUAGGAAUGAUUCUGAAAAUUCUUGUUGUUGA